AUGAGCGCUGCACCAAAACCACCUAAGGACCACUUCAAUGUGCUGUUCUUCGCUAGCGCUGGUUCCUUCACCUCGAAGGAGCACGAGGCAUUCCCUGCUCCGUUGCCGCUGAAGAAGUUGUUUGACGUCCUUGAGGAGAAAUACAGCGGGAUAAAGGAGAAGAUUUUGGAGUCGUGCUUGGUGACAGUCAACCUCGAAUACGUAGAUGUGCCUGGGCCGGACGAUGGGGACGGCCCGGAGAUCCAGGCCGGUGAUGAAGUAGCCAUUAUUCCGCCUGUCAGCUCGGGCUAA